CUUCAAAGAGGCAGCUGCAGUGGAGAAUCAUGUUAAGCUCGGCUACUGCGGAGAGCCCAAGGUAGCCCAAUGAUGGAUUUUGAUGAGCGUGGUCCCUGCUCCUCUAACAUGUAUUUGCCAAGUUGUACUUACUACGUCUCGGGUCCAGAUUUCUCCAGCCUCCCUUCUUUUUUGCCCCAGACCCCGUCUUCGCGCCCAAUGACAUACUCCUACUCCUCCAACCUGCCCCAGGUCCAACCCGUGCGCGAAGUGACCUUCAGAGAGUACGCCAUUGAGCCCGCCACUAAAUGGCACCCCCGCGGCAAUCUGGCCCACUGCUACUCCGCGGAGGAGCUCGUGCACAGAGACUGUCUGCAGGCGCCCAGCGCGGCCGGCGUGCCUGGCGACGUGCUGGCCAAAAGCUCGGCCAACGUCUACCACCACCCCACCCCCGCCGUCUCGUCCAAUUUCUAUAGCACGGUGGGCAGGAACGGCGUUCUGCCACAGGCUUUCGACCAGUUUUUCGAGACGGCUUACGGCACCCCGGAAAACCUCGCUUCCUCCGACUACCCCGGGGACAAGAACGCCGAGAAGGGGCCCCAAGCAGCAUCUGCGACCUCCGCUGCGGCGGUGGCGGCGGCGGCCACGGGCGCGCCGGCAACUUCAAGUUCGGACGGCGGCGGCGGCGGCGGCGGCGGCUGUCAGGAGGCGGCGGCCGAGGAGAAGGAGCGACGGCGGCGACCCGAGAGCAGCAGCAGCCCCGAGUCGUCUUCCGGCCACACUGAGGACAAGGCCGGUGGCUCCGGUGGCCAACGCACCCGUAAAAAGCGCUGCCCUUAUACCAAAUACCAGAUCCGAGAGCUGGAGCGAGAGUUCUUCUUCAGCGUCUACAUCAACAAAGAGAAGCGUCUGCAACUGUCCCGCAUGCUCAACCUCACCGACCGUCAAGUCAAAAUCUGGUUUCAGAACAGAAGAAUGAAGGAAAAAAAGAUUAACAGAGACCGGUUACAGUACUACUCAGCCAAUCCACUUCUCUAAGGCUCCAGCCUACUGGAAUUGGGAGGGGGGCUUCAUACAUGUGAAAUAAUAUGCAGAUUUUGCCCUUGACAAGGUCAAGCCACAUUGCGACUUGGAAAAGGGGGGUGAUAUAGGAGAGAGGAGAGGUUUCCUUAUCAGAGAGUCGCCCAAUAGGAAGGGGGCCUGAAACUCUCUUGGUUCAGAUCUCCGUGAUUAACCUUCCUAAUAGUAAUUGAAUUCUAAGGGUUGUGAAUCAACAGAAUGAAUGGUUUGGGACCCCUGGUGGUUCACUCUUAGAGCCUGCAAAAGCUUUGGGCUGGGUGUGGUCACUGGGGAUUGGGCCCCCUGCCAAACCCUAAGGAGGCCACCCGCUCAAGACCCUCUGCACAGAGCCUGCCCACCCCCAGGUCUCCCAAGUCAAGAAACUGUGUGCCCCAAGCCUAGUUCAUCUUGGGGAUAGGAGCAAGAAGAAAGGGGAGGAUUCCUAGAGAUCCAGACUGGGGUUUCUUUCCAAAAGUAAUGUGAAAGACAGCUAACUAAAAGGUGGCUGUGAAAAGGGAGAGAGAGUGGGACGGGGGGGGGGGNGUCCUGGAGGAAGAAGAAACCUAUCCAGAUGUCAUUAAUAUCAUCCCACCACUGAUCUGCACCCAAACCUGAGCUCCUGGCAGCCACCUUCUGCAGCCUACCUGGGUUUUCUACCUCCCAAUGGUGGUGAUGGGUCUUCGUUCAUGCCCCAUCUCAGAGCUGACCAUUCCUAGGGGAGAAGACAUUGAAAACUCCAGAGGCUGUGCUGGUUCCCGACCCCUCAAUCUCUACAGGAAACGCCUGCGGAGGGCUACAUCUUGGCAAACUCCUCACCACAUUAAGGAAACUUGGAUUUGGUGUCUGUCAGGCAGCAGAGCAGCAGGCCUGGCCAGUGGGUCCUUGGCCUUUGGCUGUGAGGGGUGAAGUCCCCCACCACCACCACUCCCAAAUCCCUCAUUCCUACCCUGCACUCUGUGCUCAUCAACUCAGAACUGAGCUUGGAAGCUUCUGGCAAUCUUCUAAGAGCUGGAGAGUGAUUUGGAGUUAUUUUAAAAGAUAAAUAUUAUAUUAUAUAUAUAUAUUUCCCCGAAGGAACCAAAGCGAAUUUUAAGAAGCAAUGUAGAGGGGGGGCAGGGAUAAUAAAAAUAUUUAAAGGCUCUAUCUGUUUACAGUGUUCCAAGGUUAAACUCGCUCACUGCUAAAAUAUUUGAAUGUAUGCUUCAUACAGGGAUGGUGUUCAAAAGACUGUAAAUAAAGAAACCAUAAC